AUGGGUGGCUACGCGUGCCACUGCCACCCUGGCUGGAUGCCGGUUCCUGGUUCCCCCGAUGGCCCCAACAACACCGUCUGUGAAGAGGAGGACAAGUGCAGCUCCGGGCAGCAUCAGUGUCCCAGCCCCACUGUCUGCAUCAACACCGUGGGCUCCUACAGGUGUCACUGCCGCCCUGGGUGGACACUGGUUCCUGGGUCCCCCGAUGGCCCCAACACCCAUCUCUCCCGCUUCUUUGAAAGAGUCCAGCAUCUGCGCAGAGACUUCACGUCAGCCUCAGCCCUGGACAGCAUCCAGGACUUCAUGCAGGAGGUGGAUGUUCUGCUGGAGACCCCAGGGGACCUGGAGACCCUGCCCCGCUCAGAGCAGCACUGUGUGGCCACUAACCUGCUCUUUGGCCUGGAGGAUGUCCUGAGAGGGCUGAGCAAGGCACUGCCUGAUGGGUCAUUUACCUUCAAUUCAUCUGCAGGCACAGGUAAGUACCCGGGUCUGCCCAGGCUCCUGCUCUGCCCGUCCUCCACCUCACUCCUCCCCAACCUCACCGAAGCCGACACCGCCUUUAUGAGCAACAAUGACACCCAGAACCUCAGCUUCCAAGUCACCUUCAUCUUUAACCACUCAGUGACCCCUGGGCCAAGGCAGAGGGAGUUCUGUGUCUUCUGGGAGCGUGGCCAGAAUGGAAAUGGUCAUUGGGCCACCACAGGCUGCAGGGUGGUGGACACCAGAGACACCAGCACCACCUGCCAGUGCACCCACCUCAGCAGCUUUGCCGUCCUCAUGGCCCACUACGAUGUGCAGGAGGAGGACCCCGUGCUGGCUGUGAUCUCCUACGUGGAGCUGGGCCUCUCUCUGCUGUGCCUCCUCCUGGCGGCCCUCACCUUCCUGCUGUGCAGAGCCAUCCAGAACACCAGCACCUCGCUCCACCUGCCCCUCUCCCUCUGCCUCCUCCUGGCCCACCUCCUCUUCCUCACGGCCAUCAACCAAACUGAGAUCAAGGUGUUGUGCGCCCUCAUCGCAGGUGUCUUACACUAUCUCUACCUGGCCUCCUUCACCUGGAUGCUGCUGGAGGGCCUGCACCUCUUCCUCACUGCUCGCAACCUGAUGGUGGUCAACUACUCCAGCGCGAGCAGGUUCAUGAGGAAGCUCAUGUUCCCUGUGGGCUACGGGGUCCCGACUGUGAUUGUGGCCAUUUCUGCAGCAUCCAGGCCUCACCUUUAUGGAACACCCGCCCAAUGCUGGCUCGACACACAUGAAGGAUUUAUAUGGGCCUUCCUUGGCCCCAUCUGCACCAUCUUGUCAAUCAAUUUGUCUUUCUUUCUGAUGACCUUCUGGAUCAUGAAAAACAAGCUCUCCUCACUCAACAGCGAUGUGUCCACCCUCCAGAACACGAGGAUGCUGACAUUUAAAGCCACAGCUCAGCUCUUCAUCCUGGGCUGCACGUGGUGUCUAGGAAUCCUGCAGGUGGGUCCAGCCACCCACGUCAUGGCCUACCUCUUCACCAUCAUCAACAGCCUGCAGGGCGUCUUCAUCUUCCUGGUGCACUGACUCCUCAGCCAGCAGGUCUGGGAGCAAUACAGGAAAUGGUGCAAAGGGGUCAGCAAAACCAAAGUGGAGUCUGAGAAGUACACGCUCUCCAGCAGGGCCAUGUCUGAGGCCUCCAGACACAGUGUGGUAAGAUCAGCACUGCUCCCAGAGCACUUGACUAACAGAUCCACUUGA